UAUCUCCACUGUGUCAUUUUGAAGUCAGAGCUCCAUGUGGCUACAACACCGGCACGUUCAUCAGCAAGGACAGGGCUAAGAUACGAGGGGGGUGGGAUAAAGACAAAAAGAGUUCUACCUAAUAACCACAUGGGCAGAACACUUAGUACCCUGCUGGAUAUGAGAUAAGAAGAGCAGGCUUGAAUUAAGAGGAGCGCUUUAAAAAUCUGCCGAGUGAAUUUCAGCUGUUCUCCGGCCGGUUUCGGGGAAGAAAUUUUUGUUAGCGGUUACCAAGGAAAUUGUAACUGUGUGAUGCCUUUAACACAGAAAUGACCACUGAUCAGGAUCUGUCCAUGGAUGGCCCAUCAGCCACAAGCCUGUUUGCUGCAAAAGGCAUUGACGUAACACCAAAUAAAGACCAAGGAGUAAUCAAGAUUGUGAAGUGUCAGGGGCUCAGUGGGGAUCAGCCAAUGAUAGGGGACAGAGUCACCGUCCACUACACUGGAAAGCUGCUCACCGGGAAAAAAUUUGAUUCCAGUCGAGAUCGCAAAGAGCCUUUUAGCUUCAGUGUGGGCAGAGGACAAGUCCUCAAGGCCUGGGACAUUGGCGUGUUGACCAUGCAAAAAGGUGAAGUGUGCACGCUACUCUGUAAGCCCGAGUAUGCUUAUGGAUCUUCCGGGAAUAGUGGCAAAAUUCCUCCCAGCACUUCAGUAGUGUUUGAGAUGGAGCUGCUCAACUUUGAAGGAGAGGUACUUACAAAUGAUGGGGGCAUUGUAAGAAGAACAAAGGUCAAAGGGGAAGGUUACAGUAAUCCCAACGAUGGAGCAACUGUUGAUGUGCACCUGGAGGGACGCUGUGAUGACCGACUGUUUGACUGCAGGGAUGUCAGCUUUACUGUUGGUCAAGGUGAAGACAAAGGUAUUCCCCUGGGAGUGGACCGAGCUAUGGACAAAAUGCAAAGAGGAGAGUGCUGUUUACUUUACUUAAAACCAAAGUAUGGCUUUGGAAGUGAAGGUAAACCAGAGUUCAAAAUUGGGCCAGACAAAGAGAUUGUAUAUGAAGUCACCCUGAAAGACUUUAAAAGGGCUAAAGAAUCCUGGGAAAUGGACCUGAGUGAAAAGCUGGAUUUAGUUGGCGCAGUGAAAAAUAAAGGGAAUAAUUAUUUUAAGGCAGGACGGUACCAUCAGGCAGUCAUCCAGUACCAGCGCAUCAUUUCCUGGUUGGAGAUGGAGUGUGGUAAUGGAAUAGAACAACAGAAGAAGAUAAAUGACUAUGUUUUGACAGCCCAUCUCAAUUUAGCUUUGUGUUUCCUGCGGCUGGAAGAGUUCUCACAAGUCAUAGAAAACUGCAACAAGGUAAUUGAGCUGGAUGACAGCAAUGAGAAGGCUCUGUAUCGCCGGGGGGAAGCAAGACUCCUCCGCAAUGAGUUCACCCUGGCCACGGCAGACUUUCAGAAAGUGCUGCAAAUCAACCCCUCCAAUCGAGCAGCUUGUACUCAGAUUUCCAUCUGCCAGAGUAGGAUUAAGGAACAUCAUGAACAGGACAAAAAGACCUACGCCAACAUGUUCCAGAAAUUUGCAGAGCGGGACACCAAGACUGGGAAGAUGAGGAGGAGGCGGGAUGAGAGCGUGAGGACCAGCAUGAAUGGUGAAAUGGGCACUAAACGACGGCGGAGGAGUCAGGACUAUCCAUCAUAACAGUUGUAUUUGAAAGAGAAGAAGAGAAAGCCUCCCGUCCAGGGAGCAGAGGCAGGAAUGAAGUUGAAAAAAAGCCUCUAAUCCAAACCUCUUUAUCCCCAAAUCCAGCGUGACCAUUCCUGCAUAUAAAGCAGUGUGAGCAGGGAUGUUUGCAAGCCAAACUUCAUUUUCCCUGUCACGUGGACUGUUGAACUAACAGGACGUUCCUCUCUGUGGGGAUAGUACUACAAAGUCACUGAGUGAAGAUCGGUGAACCCUUUUGGCCCAAACUUUUAUUUGAAAAAAAAAAAAAAAAAAAGUUUCAUUUCUUCUAAAA